UGCCCCGGUCCAACAGUCCUUUCUGAACCAAAUUUUGGACCCCCCCAGUCAAAAAUUGCUGGAUCCGCCCUUGCAUUGUAUAUCGAUUGCAUGCUCUUGACCAAUCAGAUUUUUCAUAGUAAGUCUAAUGUGUAAUGAUAUACAAUAUCGCGUGAAGUUGACAUGAUAAAUCCAGUAUCUGACGCGGAUAUUGCAUUUAUCAUGUUUCUCACUCAGAGAGAAACUCAAAAUGGCUGAACGCUUCGCCUCUGUUUCUGCGGAGGAUUUAAAACUUUGGAUUGAAGAUAAAGAUUCAAAAAACACUAAGAGAACAACAAAAACAAGUGUAAAGAUUCUGAAUGAUUAUUUGACGGAGAACAACUUGGUAGAACCACAAGAUAAAACUGCUUUAGCCAAUGUUCUGAAGAAAUUAUACGCCGAGGCUAGGAAAAUUGACGGCAGCCCGUACUCAAAAAGUUCCAUGAAUUCUUUACGAUUUGGACUCAACAGGCAUUUCAAGGCAAAAGGAACAGACAUUAUCAAAGACCCAGAAUUCGUCGAGGCAAAUAAAGUGUUUCUAGCGAGGUGUGUCGAUUUAAAACGGCAGGGUUUGGCGAAGGUUGAACACAAACCCGCUAUUUUAGCAAACGACCUUCGAAAACUGUACGAGUGUGGAGUUUUUAACUUAGAUGAUCCCAGAACACUUCAAAACAAAGUCUUUUUCGAGAUGAUAAUGUACUUUUGCCACCGCGGCCGGCAAAACCUCAGGGAACUGAAAAUAAAAGACUUUUCAUUCACAAGAGAUGGCAAAGGCGCUCGAUAUGCGUGCAAAACCGGCGAUGAGUUGACAAAGAACAACAGAGAGGACGAAGUAGUCUCUGAAGGUGAAAUGAUGUUCGAAAAAGCUGGACCUCACUGUCCCGUUGCUUCUUUGGAACUCUAUAUAAAACACCUCAAUCCCAAGAAUGAUUUUUUGUUCCAAAGGCCAAAGAAAGGAAGUAAAAUCGGAGUUGACGAUGUGUGUUUUGAUAAUAUGGCUGUUGGUGAGCGCACGCUCGCCGAGAAAAUGAAAUAUAUCUCUAAAGAAGCAGAAUUGUCAAAGGUUUAUACAAAUCAUUCAAUAAGAGCCACUGCAGCUACAGCUUUGGAUAAGUGUUGGCAUGAAGCGGGCCACAUCAUGGCUGAUAGUGGCCACCAAAGUGAGCGAAGUAUACAGAGCUACUGCAAAACAGACACUGACACCAAAAUCAUUCAUAUCGUGUUUGUAAAUUUGCCCGAGUGUCGCCCUGCGGUUGAAGAAGAUCAAGAUUUCAGAAACAAACUUAGAUGGCAAAAAGACUCUGGAAUAGCAAGGGGAUUUACAGUGUAAACUGUGACUAGGGAUCACACUUACAACAUCUCGUAUUAUUAUACAUAGACUUACUAGUUCGAGAGUGUUUAAUAAAUGUUUAAUAGCAUGUGGAGUUGAGAUUAUAAUCCAAUAUCUGCAGUUAAUAUCGUACUUAUAUGUCGAGUUCAAAAUCUAGCUGGUUUCCAAGCCGCUCGUCCAUGUGUUGUUCUCAAAAUUUUUCAAACUCAGAGAGAGAAGUGUCUUCCUUUGCAGAAUGUUUGAAAAUGUAUAAUAAAAUUACCGGUUUUCCCAUGA